AUGUCGCUGGCUGAUUAUAUUCUAGGGAUAACUUCUUUCAAGCUGGUUACCACUUUAGGAAUCGCAUAUGCCAUACUUGCUUUGGUACAACCAUCCAGUCACUAUCUUGUCUGCUUCGUGUCACAUUUCUUCUGGAUAUUAUUGUUGUUGUGGUGCACGUCAUUUGCCGGGGUGCUGAGGUUGCCGGUAUUCUUCACUUCUGUUGCAUUCCUAACAGUUGGGUACUGGUGUUUUGCUGAUGGAGCUGAUAGCAGUUAUCAAGAACGAUGGGCUUCCUGUCAUACUGUCACUGCAUUAGACGGAGGAUCUAGUGAUCAUGUUAGGAAUGCUGUUUCCUGUGAUACCCUAGCCACAGUAAAUAUGGAGCGCAGUCAGUUUUUUGAAAGUUCCGACCAGUUACAUCGUAGUCAAGACGAAGUUGCGGACAGGCGACACCAAUCUGAUCGUCCUCAACGGUGGUCACAGUUUCUGAGACAAGCUUUGCGUUCAAUACCAACGGGAUCAGAUUAUAGGUUUUAUCCAGUUAGUGAAUUACGAGCUUUUAUGUCGGAACAGUUUCGUCUAACAUCCGGAAAAUCCUACAGUACAAUUUUCGAAGGUCAAAGAUUCUAUGAAACAGCUGGUUCCCUGCAUCAGACGGAGUGCAUUUUCGAUGCAACGAACGCAUACUUAACUGUUCAUGCUAGUGGUUCAUUUGUCAAUCGUUGCUUUCUUGCCUUAUGUUGGGCUCAUUUUCUUGUUGCCAUAUGGCUUUAUAAAUGGCCGUUAUACGUGGUUUGUUUUGUUUUGAUUUGCGUUGGAGUUUUCCGUUUAUCACGAUGCCUAAAACUACACGAGUUAUCACGUUGGCUUUUCUGUAAAUUGAGUGGUCUCUUACAAACUUUCACACCAGAUCUAAGUAUGGAGCAAAGAAAAGCAUACUUGAAAUUAAUUAUCCCGAAACCUGUGCAUGGAUUAUUCACACUGUUGGCAUACUGCGAUAGAAAGCUUUGUCGUUACUUGGACUCAUGGUUAGACAGUGUAGUAAGCUUGUUCAUUUUGGUCUUCUUCAUUUUCGCCUUUUGUUUGUUGACAAUGUUCCUAGCCUUUCAAGUUCAUAAUGAAAGUAUUCGCUUGGUGUCUCUGACAAGUGAUCUGGUGAAUAAAGCUUUAAAUAGUGAAGCCUAUAGCUGGCUUCCUAAAAAGGAACAAGUUGAUGGUAUGCUUGGCGUUUUAGUCGCAAAUGCUUAUCAGGCUGGCCGCAGCUGGAUAUCUGAUAGGACGAAUGAACUUUUCGAAGUUGAUCCAAAUUCAAAGGCAAUACUGAAGGAGCAACUCUUAGAUCUAUGGGAGAAUAUUUAUAAUUCUUUUAUAGAUCAGCCUAGUGAUACAGCAAUAGUGAUGAAUGUGUCGACCAGCCAUAAAUCGGAUAUAGCAUUCCUAUCCAAUAACAGUCGCAACCGUAAUAAUUCGAAUCCUUUUGUACCUCUUGGUUUAGGAAGGGUAUCAUCAAAUAGAUUUUCCAUUAACACUACCUGGAUAUUCAAUCGUCAUGCCCUGAGUUCUCUGUUUGUCAUUAUAAAACAGAAUUUGGGUACAUUGGCAACAAUCACAGAAUCAUUAUGGGGUUUAAUGCGUAGUAAUCUAAAUUUGAUAGCACAUUUAAUUACUACUGUAAUUUCGUUAAUCAUGAGUGGUGGGCAUGUUGCAGUCAAUUUUAUUAUUGCCUUUCUGAUUUUUCUUACAGUUCUCUACUAUGUAUUGGCUGCAAGUGGAUCUUGCUACCUUCCUGUUGCUUUUAUCACUUCGUUAACACCAACUUCAUCUAAAACAAACUCUUUGAUUACACAUUUCUACUCGAUUGUCGAAUUAGCUAUUAGUGGAGUAUUUGUUGCAACAUUGAAAUUGGCUGUAUUCUACGGUUUGUAUACAUCACUCACGCAUACUAUAUUCGGUUUAGAUCUUGUGGUCAUUCCAUCUGUUUUGGCUGCUCUACUUGGUGCUGUUCCAAUUAUCGGUACAUAUUGGGCUGUUUUGCCUGGUGUAAUUGAAAUUAUCAUAAUCCGUCAGUCAUUUACUCAAGCUGGUCUACUCAUACUUUUUCAUUUGCUACCAACAUAUGUGGUGGAUGUUGCAGUGUAUAGUGAAAUUAGAGGAGCUGGCCAUCCGUACUUUACUGGUCUAGCAAUUGCUGGCGGGAUAUACUGCCAAGGACCUGAAGGCGCUUUGAUUGGUCCUAUUUUACUAUGUUGUUUCUUGGUCGGGAUGAACAUGUUUCGGUGGGCAAUGGAUUCUGGUAAAGAAGCGUUUCCUGUCAAUCGGUGUGGUCACAAGUCUCAUUACGUAACUCCUACUCCUGUAACCCCAGUACAAGGGUACCAAGCUUGUGGUUCAUCACAUACUACCAGUCGUUUCUGCACUAUGAGCUCAUCUAACAAAAAUCCUACUUUGUCUGCAAAGUUUCGUAGACCCAUUUUCAAAAGGAGAUCAAAAUAUCAAUUUGCCAAAAAUUCAUUCUCUAUGCCUGAUAUUGCAGACAUAUCUGAUGAAUCAUUUCAAACUCCAGAGGUCAGUCAACAAACAACGAAGCCUGUCUCACCGGCUACAGAUAUGCAACAUGCUCAUACAUCAACUCCUGCCCAUGGGUAUACACGUCCGUUUAAUUAA